ACAACGAGAAGCCGCGCCGCGGUCGGGGGACCCCACGCUUCCGCUCCGCUCGCCGGAGAUGGAGUCCUCCGGGAGCUGGGACGCCAUCGUCUGGAACCAAAUCGAGGAUCCGAGGUCGCGGAGGUCCACGCAGGGCAUGGAGGAGUACCUGCUCGAGGACGAGGAGGUUCACGCCCAGGGCCAUGGUGUUAAUCUACUAAACACAGAUGAGGCUGGCAUUGUUUCAGUGACAAACUUCCGUCUUCUCUUUGUGAGCCAGGCAACUAAAAGCAUAGUAGAGUUGGGUACCAUCCCUCUGACUACAAUUGAGAAGUUAAAUGAUGAUGUAAAGCUUCAAUCCCUGCCACACAAGUAUGAUAAGAACCAGCCUCGUGAACUUCUUCAAGUCAUUGGUAAAGACAUGAGAGUUAUUGUGUUCGCUUUUCGUCCUAGAACCAAGCAGAAAAAUGAAGUAUUUGACGCAUUGAGAAGAUACACUAAACCUGCUAAUUUGUGGGAGCUAUAUGCAUUUUCCUGUGACCCAUCCACUGUUGAUAAGACGUCCAAUCCAAAGUCACGCCUCUUGAAGGAAUACGAGCGCCUUUUUAGCAAGCAGUUUCCAAAGUCGGGCAGUGGGUUUGAAGUUGAAAAAGAUUCUAUGCAUAAAAAUCUGUGGAGGUUAACUACAGUUAAUUCGAGCUAUUCAUUGUGUUCAACUUACCCCUCUCAAUUGAUUGUUCCAAAGAGCAUAAGUGACGAAGAUUUGUGGCUAGCUUCUACUUUCCGAGCUGGUAGACGAUUGCCUAUUAUUUCAUGGUGUGACCCUGGGUCUGGAGCUGUCUUGGCAAGGUCAUCUCAGCCACUGGUGGGAUUAAUGAUGAAUUUUAGAAACAAUGCUGAUGAGAAGCUUGUUUCUGCUCUUUGUCCCCAAAUUUUUGAUCCUAAGAAGCCUCCAAGGAAACUAUACAUAGUUGAUGCCCGGCCAAGAGCAAAUGCUUUAGCAAAUGGGGCAAAGGGUGGUGGCUCUGAAUCAUCUUCUAACUAUCCAAAAUCUGAGGUUCUCUUCUUAGGAAUACAAAACAUCCACACAAUGAGAGAUAGCCUUUCUCGUCUUAGGGAUUAUGUUGAUGCCCAUGGGUCAAUAUCAUCAAACGGUACCUCUUCAGCUGUAUCCCUCGUCGGGGACCGGAGAAAUCGUGGAUCAACCUGGGGUGGAGGGAGUCUUAAUAGCAUGACACAAUUUUCUUCGAUGUUAGGGGAAUGGCUAAACCAUAUCCAGAACAUCCUUGUUGGUGCUUCAUGGAUUGCUGCGCAAAUUGCCCAGGAAUCAGCUUCAGUUCUUGUCCAUUGCAGUGAUGGAUGGGACCGCACGACCCAGUUAAUUGCACUAGCUUGUUUGUUGCUUGAUCCCUAUUAUCGAACGUUCGAUGGGUUCCAGGCUCUUGUGGAAAAGGAUUGGCUAGCUUUUGGUCACCCGUUUGCUGAGCGAAUGGGAAUUCCAACAGUAACUGAGAACGGGGGAUCACAGUAUGAGCUACUAAGACAACCUUCUGUUGGGAAUUUAAGCAGUUCACCAAGCAGAACCUCUUUAGGAUCAUCAGGGUCAUCCUCUAAUACAUCGGCUCAAUCCCAGACAUCAAACAACAGUUCGCCCAUACUGUUACAGUGGCUUGAUUGUAUUGCUCAGUUGUUACGUCUAUACCCAUCUGCAUUUGAGUUUUCAUCUAAAUUCCUUGCUGACUUUAUGGAUUGCGUCUUUUCAUGUCGUUUUGGGAACUUCCUAUGCAAUAGUGAGCGGGAAAGGGAGCAAUCUGGGGUUACAAGCUCUUGCCAUUGCAUGUGGACGUACUUGGCUGAUCUCCGGGCUUCUGGUGGCAGCUACCAUGAGCACUUCAAUCCAUUUUAUGACGCAGCUAGUUAUGAUGCUCCCCUAGUGCCCCCUGCUGCAGCACUUGCUCCAACUUUAUGGCCUCAGUUUUAUUUGAGAUGGACAUGUCCCCCUGAAUCGCAAGGUGGUGGUCUUGAAUCCCAUUGGCAUUCCAUGAGUAAAAAAUAUGCGGCCUCAAUUAAGGCAAAGGAGAUAGCUGAAUCAAGAUCACGUGAUAUUAAAAUGAGGAUGGAGUCUAUGCUGGCAGACUUGCAGAGGGAGAGGCGUGCAAGUAGUUCAGCCUUAGCCAUGGCUCAAAAGGCUCGAAGGGAAAAUGCUGCCAUUAAAAGGGCAAUCCAAAGUAUAGGUUGCGAAGUUAAUUUCUCGAUAAAUGAAAACCAAGUUGACAGGACCGAGGAAAUGUCGUAUUCAUUUCGAAGGGAAGCAGAUGCUGGAUCUCAGCAAGAUGAUAAUGCUGACUUAUCGGUAUCCAUAUCUGCGAUUGAGGACGGUUUGGUAUCAGACACACCUAGUGACCAAGUUUGCGAGUCACUGUGCCCCUUGCGCACGAGAGAGGGGUGCAGAUGGCCACAUGCUGCCUGUGCGCAGCUAGGAAGUCAGUUCGUUGGUUUAAAAGCAAAUUUUGAUGCUUUUGACCGGCUAUCAAUAGAGGACUGCUAUUUUGGUCCAGAAUAGGCGAGAUCACGUGCUCAAGUCAGUUCAGAUGCACUUUGACUUUUUGACAGCUGCCGGUAGAUAUUUUUUCCCACGGUGGCACCUCUCAGUUUGCAUUAACAUCAAAAGAUGCACUGGGAGCAAAUGAAGAUUGAUUAUUCUGACUUGAAGUUCACGUCUAACUCGCAAGUUCCUCAGUGAUGUACUAAUGGUUUCUGCUGGUCAGUUGGUAUUCUGGAUUAGGGGUUAGUGAUUCGUUGAGAGCCACCGGGGACUGAAAUAGCAGUCCUUUGUGUUGUAUAUAGUUUAAAGCAAAAUAAUGCCAGAUGCGAAAGGUAGCUUCUUUUACCCUUUUGUUUUUGCUAAAAUUCAUCUGGUUAGCUUGGGAAUAAGAGCUGAUGUACACCCUACGAUGGUGAAUAAAAUGUGAUCUGUCAAAAACAUGGACGUUGUAGCUUUUCUUGAUGUUAUGACAUCUUUUCAUUAUUAUUGUAGUAUCUUGUUUUGUGAAACUAAA